UUUCAGCCUCUGUUCUGAGAAUUUAUCCUGAGCAGCCCCGAAUAGGCUAUUACUUCUCUACAAUUGAGAUAUGGUUAUCUUAAUUUACCUAUUUGUCUUGCUGUGGGAAGAGGCUCAUGGAUGGGGAUUCAAGAACGGAAUUUUUCAUAACUCCAUAUGGCUCGAACAAGCAGCAGGUGUAUACCACAGAGAAGCGCGGUCCGGCAAAUACAAGCUCACCUACGCAGAAGCAAAGGCGGUGUGUGAAUAUGAAGGUGGACGUCUCGCCACCUACAAGCAGCUAGAGGCAGCGAGAAAAAUCGGAUUUCAUGUCUGCGCUGCUGGGUGGAUGGCCAAGGGCAGAGUCGGAUACCCCAUUGUGAAGCCAGGGCCCAACUGUGGAUUUGGAAAAACUGGUGUUAUUGAUUAUGGAGUUCGUCUCAAUAAGAGUGAAAGAUGGGACGCCUAUUGCUACAACCCACAUGCAAAGGAAUGUGGUGGUGUCUUUACAGAUCCAAAGCGAAUUUUUAAAUCUCCAGGCUUCCCAAAUGAGUAUGAUGAUAACCAAAUCUGCUACUGGCACAUUAGACUCAAGUAUGGUCAACGUAUUCACCUGAGUUUUUUGGACUUUGACCUUGAAGAUGACCCAGCUUGCUUGGCUGACUAUGUCGAAAUAUAUGACAGUUAUGAUGAUAUCCAUGGCUUUGUGGGAAGAUACUGCGGAGAUGAGCUCCCAGAAGACAUCAUUAGUACAGGAAAUGUCAUGACCUUGAAGUUUCUAAGUGAUGCUUCAGUGACAGCAGGAGGUUUCCAAAUCAAAUAUGUUGCAGUGGAUCCUCUAUCGAAAUCUAGUCAAGGCAAAAAUACGAGUAUUACUACUGGAAAUAAAAACUUUUUAGCUGGAAGAUUUAGCCAUUUAUAAAACAAAAAAGGACAUUUGAUAUUUAUGUUUGUAUCUUUUGGAAACCCUUGGAUCUCACUUUUAUAUUAUUAUUAUUUAUUAUUUUUUCUAAAUGUGAAUAUCUGAUAAUUUUGAGAAAAUUGGA